AGAUAUAUAUAAAAAGUGCUGAACAUGUGCUAUUUAUAAAGCCGCCUUAAUCUUAAUGGCUCUGCCCCUCUAUAUAUCUUUACAUAUAUAGUUCUUGUCCCAUAAAUAUAUUGGAGACCAACUAAAAAAACGAAACGAGAAACGUGAAAUUUUAUUAAUGUCUUCUUAUUUAUAAAAUUCAAAGAAGUCAACGGAAGUGAAAGUGAAAAGGUGUGAAGCAGUUCCAGAAAGGAUCGUGAAAAGGGCUGCAGAAUGUGGGCGGCGAAAUAUGUUUUAUGGACGCUGACCUGCGUUGCAUUUGCUUCAGCAUCCAUAAGCUCAGAGCGAAGGGAAAAGAUUAUGAAAAUUCCCGAAGAACCCAAUGUACCCAAAUCCCUCGCGGCUAUUCUGGACAUGAGUUGCGUGGAGGCCAAGGUUGUGCCGCCAGAGAUUAACCAUGGUCGGGUAUCCCUCUUCGAGCGUCGUCGUCGUGGCGAGAAGGUCUUCCUGGUGGCAUAUUUUUCCUGUAAUGAAAAUUACAAAUUCGAAGCCGCAGACGCCACUGCCAUGUAUUGCUCCAAUCGGAAGUGGGUCGGGGAAAUCCCCACAUGUAUUCCUCAGGCAGAAUAUACCGAUGGCGAGGGCGAGGGAGAUGGUGAUGGAGACACUGAGUUUGAUGAGUACGAUGAGUACGAAACGAUUCCCAAUGAUGAACUCAAUUCAGUUGAGAACAAUGAGGAUGACGAGCAGGACAUUGAGCAAGAACCACCUUUGCCACCAUUGCCACCGCCGGUUAAGGAAGUGACAGAAGAAUCCAAGCUGGAAGUUACCGGUGAUGUUAAGCCAGAGCCACAAAUAGUUAUUCAGAUUAAUGAAGACAAGAGUAGCCCCGUGGCACCAUCUAAUAUUGAAAUUCAAGAGGAAGAGGAUACAUCUUCAGAGCCUAAAGAACUAGAAGCCGACAAUGAAGUUCCCCAAGAAAUCGAAACUCUCCAGAAGCCAGAGAUUGCUAUUUCUCAGGAGCCAGGAAAUGAAAUAGUUCAGGAACCUGAAGUAAUUCCAACUCAGGAAGCAGAAAUUCAGCCCGCUGAAAUUGCACCCAAGAAGGAUCCUUAUGCUCCAACCCUUUUGGGUACCGAUUGCGGUGAAGACAAUCCCAAUUGUGAGCAAAUUUGCAAGCGAUUGCUUUAUCCAGAUGAGAAUGAACCCGUCUACAAGUGUGACUGCUGGCAGGGCUAUACCCUGAAUCUUACAGAUUAUACCGGAUGUAUUGAUAUCGACGAAUGCCAGGAGUCGAAUGGUGGUUGUUCGGAGAUUUGCAAUAAUCUGCCAGGAGGAUUCCAGUGUGGCUGUCAGAAGGGCUACCAAUUAGAUGUUUCAACUGGAAAGAGUUGUGUUGAUAUUGAUGAAUGUGCCAAUCCUGAACUGUCAGCGGACUGCCAAUCUGGUUGCGAGAACCUUCCAGGUUCCUAUCGCUGUGUGGUGCCUCUGGUGACCAAGGAGGAAGCCACCAAAGAGGAAACUCCUAACGAGGUCAUCGAAGAAGUGGUCAAGGAGACAUCCACCAAUGUUGCACCCUCUACACCGAUUUGUAAUGCCGGCUUUGAGCUCUCAGCCGAUGGCAGUCAAUGCCAGGACAUUGAUGAGUGUGAAGUGUUUGGUCCCGAAGACCCUCAUUAUUGUCAACACAAGUGUGAGAAUACAAUUGGUUCCUACCGUUGUCAUUGCACUGGCGGCUACCAUCUCCUCGAAGAUCUUCACAGUUGUGCCUUAGAUGGCUGCGCUGAUUUGGAUAAUCCGCAACUGAAUCGCACUCGUUGCGCUCAUGAGUGUGAGGAUCUGCCGGAGGGCAAUUACCGCUGCAAGUGCCCCGAGGGAUAUGAACUCUCCGAAGAUGGACAUUCCUGCUCAGUGCUGGAGACGCCCUGCUCCACACAGAAGGGUCACGAACGUUGCUCACCGGGAACCUGCCAGCCCACUGAAAAUAACACCAGUUUCAGCUGCAUUUGUCCCAAUGGAUACAGAAGUGAGGGUCUCAGCUGCCAGGAUAUCGAUGAGUGUGCGGAGGAGUCGCAUUUGUGCAGCCACCAGUGUCAGAAUACACCCGGAGGCUAUCAGUGCCUAUGUCCCGAGGGUCUCAACCUGGUGGAGGAGUUCACCUGCCUGGCCGAGGAUCGUUGCGAGGUCAACAACAAUGGCUGUGAGCAGAUUUGUCUUACUGCCCGCGGUGGUAUCUGCUCCUGUCGCGAGGGUUUCCGCCUGAGCGCCGAUGGCAAGAGCUGCGAGGAUGUGGACGAGUGUCUGGUGAAGAACGGUGGCUGCCAGCAGGUGUGCCGCAAUCUGCCAGGUUCGUAUGGUUGUGUCUGUGCCGCUGGCUACGAGCUGCUCAAGCUGGACGGGAUACGUGGCUAUUGCUUCGACAUUGACGAAUGCUCGAGGGGAACUCACAGUUGCAGUGAGCAAUUGCUUUGCGAGAAUCUCAAUGGUUCGUUCACCUGUCUUUGCCCACCGGGCUAUGCCCUGGGAUUGGAUAAUCACAUUGCCACAUCACUAAAUAACUCAUCAUCAUCUCAUGAAUCAAGUUCAUCUGUGGCUUCAUCAUCCCCAUUAUGCUUGGACAUUGAUGAGUGCUCUUUGGCUAAUGGCAAUUGCUCACACUUUUGUCAAAAUGAACCCGGUGGCUAUCAAUGCGCCUGCCCCAUGGGCUUUGCUCUCUCCGAGGACAUGCGCACGUGCCAGGACAUCGACGAAUGUGGCGAAAAUAAUGGUCAUUGCGCACAGCUCUGCUUGAAUCAACCCGGUGGCUUUGCUUGUGCCUGCGAAUCGGGCUUCGAUCUAACCAAAGAUGGCUUCGGCUGCUCGGACAUUGAUGAGUGCUCCCAGAGCUAUGGAAAUUGUAGCGACAUCUGCAUAAAUCUUUUAGGUACCUUUGCCUGUGCCUGCGAGAGGGGUUACGAGUUGGGGAAGGACGGUAAAACCUGCCAGGAUGUGGAUGAGUGCUCGGGAUUGCUCUCCGGCGGCUGCACCCAUGAGUGCAUCAACAAGGAGGGAACCUUCGAGUGUGGCUGUCUGGGUUAUAUGCUCAAUGAAGAUGGUCGUAGCUGUCGUCCCGCUUUGGUUGGUUGUCCACCGGGCACCCAGAGGACCUCCGACGGAUGUGCUCCCAUCGAUUGUGACCUUGGCUGGAUCCUGGGCUCGGAUGGCAAGUGUGUGGACAUUGACGAAUGCCAGGUGAACAAUGGUGGCUGCUCGCAUCGCUGUGAGAAUAGCGAGGGAUCCUUCAAGUGCAGCUGCCCGCCGGGCUCUAAAUUGGAUGCUAAGCAAAGGAAUUGCGAGGAUAUCGACGAGUGUGCCGAGAACAAGAAGAGCUGCAUGGCUGGCAGUUGUGUAAAUGAGGUUGGUGGGUUCCGUUGUGAAUUCCCCAAGUUUCCCGAUCUUCCCGAGGUUCCAGCCGUUUCUGCUCUGCCCGAGUUUCCCGAGUCAAAGUCCAAGAAACCCAAAUAUCCCGACUUUACUGAACUCAACGAAAUACCUGAGAGUCCAAAGUUCCCCUCCUUCCCGGAGAUAUCUAAGCCAAAGUCAUCGUUCCCUAGGAUGCCAAGCUUCCUGGAUUCAAUCACACCGGAGCAGCUUUGGUCAGCACAGCCCAGGGAUCUCUGUCCUCGUUUCCAGGCUCCGCCCAAUGGCAAGGCUCGCUGCAAUAGAUAUCGUCAGAAGAAGAAGCUGUUCUACAAUAGUCGUUGCCGAAUUACUUGCAAUCCUGGGUAUAUUAUUCAGGGUCCGGAGAUCAGGAGCUGUGGACCCACAGGAGUUUGGGAGGGUCCCGAGACCAAGUGCGUUGCUUUCCACCAGCCUAGUGUUCAGACUCCAGGAAUCUGUCCCGCUCUCAGACCUGCUCGAAAUGGUGUAAUCUCUCCGGCCAGCUGUACCCAAGGUCCAUCUCGGUAUGGAGACAUCUGCCAGCUGCAGUGUAACCCUGGUUUUGUGGCCACCGGACCCAUGUUGACCUCCUGCAUGGUCCUCCAAGGUUGGGCCUUUGGUUCCGAUCUCGAUUGCAAGCCCUUCGACAGCAGCAGCAUAUUUGGCAGUCAGAUUCCCUGGGCUCCAACGCAAUCCUUGCAGAAUCUCUCGCCUGUGCGAGUUCACCAAGUCAGCCAGAGAAUUAGGCCUCAGAUCAAGUGUCCAGAGAAUGUGGUGAUCCUGCUGCAUCCUGGAGAACAGAAAACACAUGUGACUUUGCAGAGACCAGAAACGAAUCUGAAACGAAGUCAAUUGCUAGCUUCCCCCGCAUGGGCAGGAAAGCUUGAGGGACAUUUGUCAGCCGGUGUGCAUAAGGUCCACUUUAGAGUGACGGAUCCGGAGACCAGGUUACAUGCAUCCUGUGAGACAGUGAUCACUGUCAAGGCAGCAACUCCUAGCUAUUCGUCAGCUCAAUUUUCCUCACUGCCUAGGCCAGCUCCAUUUCCCAUUUCCUCCAGCAGCUCUGCUAGAUUUCCCUCAAUUAGCUCCUUUAAUUCGGAGCCUCAACCAGUUUCCUUUCGCUCAUUCUCCAGUCACAGUUCACUGGGAAAUUCCGAAUUUCCGAGUCUCAGUUCGUCAGUUCCAAAGGUUUCACCCUUUUCCGGCCUGGAACCAUUUUCUCAGAAAUCCGCUAAACUAAUUGGUCCUGCUCCGGCGGCUACUGAAAGUUCACGUAUAGAUUUGGGUUCGGAUACGACCAACUACUGUCCGCCUUCCAUUGAGGUUCACUUGAGGGAGCAUCAGAAUCUGCGAUCUGUGGUCUGGGAGGAGCCGCGUUUUGAUGGGAAAUUAUUAAAGAUAUAUAAGUCGCAUUUCCCUGGAGCUUUGUUCAAGGCCGGAGAUCAUACCAUUAAAUACGAGGCCACCACCACAGAUGGUGUCACCCUUAGAUGCAUUUUCUUUAUUCAUGUCAGAGCUGCAAAACCCACACCUCCACCGCCCCAGGCAGAGCUCAUCUUUGAGCCCGAGGUCGAGUCCAACUCUGCGCCUGCGCAACUCCGCUCUUUCGAAGGCCUGGAGUCAGGAGUCUAUGUCGUUUGUCCCGAUAAAGAGCCCGUUCGGGUGACUGACCAAUCCGUCAAUCUGCCCGUGGGCUGCACUCUGAAGAACGUGCGCCCGCAAUCGAGUCCCCAGAAACACCUGAAACGCGGCAAGCUCACCUCGCUGUGGCAUCACUAUAUGAAUUUCUAAAGUCUGUAACUAUAUACAUAUAUAAACUAUAAACGACUACUCAUCAUCAUCACAUGGAAUAGAAUGGAUUUGA